AUGAACUAAGAUACUAAAGGUUCUUUAGCAACACCUCUAUAAAAAUAUAAAUUAGUGUUCUUAGGAGAUUAAGCUGUAGGAAAGACAUCAAUAAUUAAUAGAUUUAUGUUUGAUACAUUUGAUGGUAAAGAUCAUCCAACAGUAGGUAUUGAUUUUAUUUCAAAAACACUUUAUUAUGAAGAUAGAACAAUAAGAUUAUAAUUAUGGGAUACUGCAGGUUAAGAAAGAUUUAGAAGUCUUAUACCUUCUUAUAUAAGAGAUAGUGCAGUUGCUGUCGUGUGCUAUGAUGUUACUAAUCGAUAAUCUUUUGAUAAUGUUACAAAAUGGAUUGAAGAUGUUCGUAACGAAAGAAGAUAAGAAGUAAUUAUAUGUUUAGUUGGUAAUAAAACCGAUAUGUAAGAUAAGAGACAAAUUUAAUAUGCUGAUGGAUUAUAAAAAUCAAAAGAAUUAGAUGUUAAAUAUUUUGAAGUUAGUGCUUUAUCAGGUGAGAAUAUUCCAUAACUUUUUAAAGAAAUAGCAUGUAUGUUACCUGGUGCUGAAAUAUCUUAAGUUGUUUAAAACUAAUAAUCUGGAUAAUAGAACUAAAACAAUAAUUAAAAUUAGAAUAUUAUUCAGAAUUAAAACAUAUAAUUAGAUAAUUAAAAACACAUAUAAUAAGAAGAAUAAAAUUAAAAAAAAAAAAAAUGUUGCUGA